AUGCUGCGCCCAGGUACGCCGCCCUCGAGAUCCUCGGAGGAGAGCUUCUGCUUCUCUGCCUGGGAAACUCCGAGGCUGUCGGUAGCCGAAUCGAUUGGGAAGGAUAACUAUCUCAGACCAGUCUCGAGUCGAACUCAGUCUGGCAAGAAAGCAACCAAGAGACACAAGAACGCUCCUCACUAUAGCCCUCGGUCUGCUGGAUCAGCAUGCCGACCCCAGAGAUCAGAGCACGUCACCGAGCUUAUCAGAUUCUUCAAGAGCUGUGAACUCCCCAUCUCCGACCCCUAUAAUUUUGACCUUGACAGCCUUGAGCUCAAUGGACACAUACGACAACUGAACCACCGUCAAGAUGAUAUGAGUCAACAGGAUGACUCCGUCCCUCAAAGGAAGAAAUCUCCUGUUAAGCUGUUUGCCCCCGACCUAUGGAGCCGCGCCCCAGCCAGGAAAACUCGACAGAAAAACGAUCGUCUGAACCCUGCCACAAGCAUGGAAAGCAUGCGCUACUCCCCUGGCACCAGAAGCCCCCGAGGCUCCCAUGAUAGCAACAUUGACCGACCCAUUGCUACUCCUAAGACAGAGGUUGACGGCGAAUGUGCUUACCCAGGAAUUUCAGUCUUGCCAUCUUCUAAGGAACCCCAUUCAAACGACAUUGGAACCUCGGAGCCUUUCCCAUCGCUGGCUACUAUGGGCCAGUUGUACGAUUUGUCUUCGGCGACACUUACCGGAGAUAUGUAUACAAACGAAAAGAUGGAAUGGACAGACACUUCAGUUGGCCGCGAGAUCCUAUCUGGCAUUGACACUGACUCCGGGAUGCCGAUUCAACCAAUGCCGGUACAACCGAAUAAUCCGUCGAAGAAAAAUGGUGCCAACGUACCUCAGCCCCCAGCCAAACCUGCAGUGCCACAUAAUUGUGCCAAGGGCGCGACAUAUUGGCCACAGGAGAAGCCACUUCCCGACACUCCUGAAGACCACUGCCAGCAACCACGACAGCAGAUUCAAAUCUACAAGAGAGAUUCUAUCCGGGUUACAAGGUCAACUACUACGAGCUCUGGGUACAGCAAACGACACUCAAUAUCGACUACCUGCGAGUCCACCUUCAUCGACGUGCAAUGUCUUCCUGAAAGGACCUCCAGCCGAAAGGCACGAAGGGCAGGUCGGACUGACUUCAGCAACCUUUGCUGCCGUUUGUCUUGCCCCAUGUCGGAAGAGCAUACUUUCGAUUAUGCAGAGAGUCUCGAAAGUGCGGACAAACCUGCAUCGAUGUUGGACCCUGUUGAUGCCAGCGAAAACCUAGAUCCAGCAACCCAGUCCAAACCAAAAUCCCGAACCUUGAUCCCUGCCCCAAUUGAUAGCUCCAGAAAGUAUUCCGUGUCUUCGGAGCCUUCACUCACCCCAUCAUCGAACAUCUUCUCGAUAUCCGCCUUAUCUGGUUCCGCAAGCAGCAGCACCUUAACUUCACCUCUCACUUGGCAUAACUCUUCUCAAAAGGGAGAUGACCAUGAGCCCUCAAAGUCUAUGCCAUCCACUCCGGCACUCACAGUAUCGCAUGAUACGCUUGACGCCCAGUCUAAGGUUGAAGCGUUGCCCAAAGUGCCAAUGACGAACGUUCCAGAAAUCAAAGGGAGCCCGGAUACGGCAUCCAAAAUCCUUCCGGCCCACUUUCCUUCCGUACCUGUCAGAAAGUCUAGCAGAUUAGACAAUAUUCACGCCUUGAGAAUGAAAGACGUUGCCGCCGCUAGGGCCGCACUUAAAGUAUCGAACAACGAAGCUGCUGAUAACAUUAGGGGCCGCCAGGCUAGCUCGCCGGCAAUCCUGAAUUACCCUCUUCCAGCCAAAGGAAGCUCAAGAACCAGUGAGGAGUCAUUACCUUCUCCCACUAGCUUCACUGCGCCAACUAUCAAGCCCCCCAUGCCAUCAAAAAUCAAAGUUGAUCCUGCUACCGAGUCCCCCAUCAGCGGGUCUCCCACAAGAACAAUUAUGCCCGACGGUUCAGUUUUCACUGACCGAGCUAUGAAAGAACGAUCGUUCAGACAUAAGCAUAAUGCCUUCUCUCUGCUAGCCGGAGGAUCGUUACCAAGCAGCCCCAGAAACUCGCAGUCGUUCAUUCCCGCCCCUGCACCACAGAGGCCAUCGCUGAUGAGCCCAAAAAGUGUUGCCGGACUCCGUGCUUUGGAGAGUGUAUCUCGUCCAGUUUCACCAUCCCUGCCUUCAUCAGAUGACGAAGGCAUGGGAACCAGAGCGCAUAGUGGCAGGUCAAGACGAUCAACACGAUCAACCCGCAGAAGUCGAAAGUGCUCGACUUUAACAAUCGACCAUACCAAAGCCCAGAAAUACUUUCAUGAUGAACCACUACCACUUACACCACCCAGCGCAAACGCUAUUCGUCCCAACGACCCUGAUUCUCUAUUGUCUCCAUACACUCCCACUCACUUCAAAUACCUGGCAACCUCAGACUCUUCCAUAACCACUCAAUCUCACCAACAAAAAUUUCUACAAGACCGCGUCUUCUACCUCGAACGCCAAAACAAGAUGCUCCAAUCUGCCUUGCUCUCCGCACUCGAAGUCGGCGCCAAAUGUGACGCACAGCGAGACCAGAAGUGCAGCCCUCGCAGCUCAAACUCUGUCAACUACCGUGAUGACAUUAUUGACAUGCUCAACUUAUACCGCAACUCAUAUGACGGUAGCUGUGGGGUAGCUACGUCUUCCGCUUCUGCCAUCAGAAGAGAGACUAGACACUCAGCUUUUUCUCCUGGUAUGGGAGAAACCGAAAUAUCCUGCUCGUCCACCACUACUUCUAGACUGUCGAUACAAGGCAAAGCUCUAGUACGCCCGUCAACUUCUCCCAGUACAGCCAAGGAGAGGGCUCAUCGGCGACUCAUUGAACCGCAUAACCGUAUUAGUAAGACUAUUACCUUGAGAUAA